CAGACAUGCAGCUCGUGAUGGUCAGAGCAUUGUCUCAGUAUAGUAAAAGAAUGAAAGUAAUGUUGAUAAACCACAUAAAACAUUCCUGAAACCUGAUUUUCUGUUACUGAACAAUGCUAAUUGUUGACCAUUUACACAUCAGUGUCCUCACAUGGAUGUGAUUUAAAAGGACUUUGUCGUCGUCAUAUGACCUGGAGGCUUUACUGAGCUCUUUACGCUUUUCAAACAGAAGGGAGCGGGACUCCUGUCUUCCCAGAUGGCUGGGAGAUUUGUAAGAAGAUGUAUCAAAACCAAUUCUUACAUCUGUCAAAUGUUUUAAUGAUUUUAAUAAAUGUCAUCUGAAUUUCAUGCAAUUUUUUUGGUGAGCAUUUUAGUAGAAUUUUAGCAUACAAACAAAUUGCAUUUGAGGAUAAUUGUAAAAAAGUAUAAGCAGCAUCUCUGUGUUAUUUUUUAACACGUCGUUGUGUAGAAAUGUUUCACACACAGGAUGUGUUAAAUGUACUAAAACACUGAUUUUGUUGAAAGUAACACAAAAUGUAUUGUCCUUAACUAGACACGCAUCUGUUUCAAGAGUGCAUAUAGCCCCCCAUGAAUGAAUGGAUGAAUGAUGAACUCAUUUGUGUGCUUCGACUGCCAUCUAGCGGUCAUACAAUGUAACAGCAUGUCGUUGUCAUGUCAUUACAUAAAUGAUUAAUCAUACAUUUCUCAUCACUCCAAUUAAACAAUAUUCUCUCCACUGUGUGGAAGUUUGGAAUUGUGGAAUAGCGAACAUCCUGAGCAUCGCAUGGCCUCUUAAAUGAAUCGAAUGGAAUCCGUGACGUGUUCACGUGACGUAUCACAACAUUUGUGUCACCUUUUACAAUACAGUUGUUCAGCAGAAUAUUAAUCAUUCUUUACAACUGCUUCGUUAGUGGAGAGCACCAGUCAGUGAUUCUCCGUUUCAACUAUUCAGAAGAAAACUUUUUUCUGUUAUAAGUCUGUUACUUUGCAGGUGGUGGUGUGCACACGAACAUCUUGACUUCAACACGUGUCACUCAAACCACAGACCCUGGCUGCAUUUUAGCGGCCAUCAAACAGGUGCCAGGUACAACUGCAUGUCAUGCUGAGAAAGAAAACAGCACUAUGAACCGAUACGCUGCCCUCCAACAGCUUGGCGAUGGCACCUUUGGCUCAGUCACACUAAGCCGCUGCCUGGAGUCUGGUGAGCUUGUCGCCAUCAAGAAAAUGAAAAGGAAAUUCUAUUCCUGGGAGGAGUGCAUGAACCUCAGCGAGGUCAAGUCCCUGAAGAAACUCAACCAUGCCAACGUGAUCAAGCUGAAGGAGGUCAUCCGGGAAAAUGAUCAGCUCUACUUUGUGUUUGAGUAUAUGACUGAGAACCUCUAUCAGCUCAUGAAAAAAAGAACACGCAUGUUUCCUGAGUCUACAGUGAGGAAUAUCAUGUUUCAGAUUCUACAGGGACUUGCCUUCAUUCAUAAACAUGGCUUUUUUCAUAGAGACAUGAAGCCAGAGAAUCUUUUGUGCAUGGGUCCUGAGCUCGUGAAAAUUGCUGACUUUGGACUAGCUCAAGAGAUACGAUCUCGUCCUCCUUACACUGACUAUGUGGGGACAAGAUGGUACCGAGCUCCAGAAUUGCUUCUCAGGUCCACAAGCUACAGCUCUCCUAUAGACCAGUGGGCCGUAGGCUGUAUCAUGGCUGAACUCUACACGCUCAGACCUCUGUUUCCUGGCUCCAGUGAGGUGGACACUAUUUUCAAGAUCUGCCAGGUUUUGGGAACUCCGAAAAAGAACGACUGGCCUGAAGGAUGCCAGCUGGCUGCCUCCAUGAGUUUCCGCUGGCCGCAGUGCGUGCCCACCAGUCUAGCCACCCUGAUCCCCAGCGCCGGCUCCGAAGCUAUUCAGCUGAUGAGAGACCUGUUACAGUGGGACCCUAAAAAACGGCCAGCAGCCUGCCAGGCCCUGCGAUAUCCCUACUUUCAGGUGGGUCAAGUCCUAGGCACGCCACAGCAGAUUCAGGACCAAGGACAAACACAGCCUCUGCAACUCAGGCCUGAACCUCUUCCUCAGAUCCCACCGCUCACCUUACCUCAUACAGCCCAUCAACCACAGCACCUUCCAGAGCCUCCUAAAAGGCCAGAAAAGGCAGAGGUCAAGAUGGACAGGGCAGUGCAGAGACGCUUUCCUCUAAUACAUGACAAAGCCAUGACAAAAGCAAGAGAAAUGCAUCCAAAUUAAUCAGGAGGAACUUCAUCAUGCAGCAAGACAAUGAUCCAAAACAUACUGUUUAAACUGGCCAAGUCAAUCACGAGACCUUAACCCUACCGAGCAGCAUUUCACCUCCUGAAGUGAAGACUGAAGGGAAACAAACAACAAUUGAAAGAGACCGUGGUAAAAUCCUGGAAAACCAUCACAAAAUAAGAAACCAACAGUUUGGUGAUGUCACUGAGUCACAGGUUUGAUGCAGUUAUUGCAAGAAAGGGAUAUGCACCCAAAUAUUAAGUGUUAUUUACUUUAAUUUACUUCAAGACUGAUGUGUUCCAAUUCUUUUGCUCACCUAAAAAUUGGGUGGUCUGAUACAAAAGGUAAUGUUUUAUGUUGUUUAACACGUCUAGAUGUAAAUACCAGGAAAUAAAAGCU